CCUCCUCUUCCACUGGUGGGUUUCUUCUCCCUCCCUCUUCUGUGGAGAGCCAAGCAGAGAGAGUGUUAAUCCCGGAUUGCGCUGCCCUGCUGUCUGCAUCCUGCUGUUGCUGGGAGAGCGUGGCAUGGCUCCAAGACCCCCGUGCUCACCUGGGAGGGAAGUGAACGACUGAGAAAGACAGAAAAGAAGGGGAGAGUAACGAGCAAAGAGAUCCACUUGAGGUGACUUCAUCAGCACUGUUGAGUUUGAGUGACAGCACCCUCACACAGACAAGAGAGAAGAGCAAAGAGAAAACAGAAGCGAGCGCAAACAGAACAAGAAGGAUGACAGCCGGCUUGAUGCAGCUGUUCAGGCAAAUGUGAGGGAAUUCUUUUUUGCCAGUCUUCGUUCUGCUCUCCGUCACAUCACAACCUCUCUCUGCUCACUGCUGUGUCUUCCUCACCACUCAAGAAGAGAGAUUAAACUUUUAUUUAGUUCUCCAGUUGGCACAUCCUGAGAGCUCCGUGGGUCUCUGACAUGGAGUCUCCCACCAAAGAGAUUGAAGAGUUUGAGAGCACGGCCCUGAAGUACCUCCAGCCAGAACAGAUCGAGAAGAUUUGGCUCAGACUCCGAGGACUGCGGAAGUACAAGAAGACAUCCCAGAGGUUAAGAUGUCUGGUGAAACAACUGGAGAGAGGAGAAGCAUCCCUCACUGACCUCAAGAAAAACCUUGAGUAUGCUGCAUCGGUGUUGGAAUCAGUUUACAUUGAGGAGACAAGGCGUUUGGUGGACACAGAAGACGAGCUCAGUGAUAUCCAGUCGGAGUCUGUGCCGUCGGAGGUGCGGGACUGGUUGGCUUCCACCUUCACGCGGCAAAUGGGUCUGAUGCUACGACGCAAUGAAGAAAAGCCACGUUUCCGCAGUAUUGUCCACGCUGUUCAGGCUGGCAUAUUUGUUGAACGGAUGUACAGACGCACUUCUAACAUGGUGGGACUCAGCUAUCCUUCUUCUGUCAUAUCUGUACUUAAGAAUGUUGACAAGUGGUCUUUUGAUGUGUUCGCUUUAAAUGAGGCCAGUGGGGAUCAUGCUCUAAAAUUCAUAUUCUACGAAUUGCUCACAAGAUAUGACCUCAUUAAUCGUUUCAAGAUCCCCAUCUCUGCCGUGGUGUCGUUCAUGGAGGCUUUAGAAGUGGGAUACAGCAAACAUAAAAACCCGUACCACAACCUGAUGCAUGCGGCCGAUGUCACGCAGACUGCACACUACCUGCUACUCAAGACGGGCAUGGUGCAUUGGAUGACGGAGUUGGAGAUCUUUGCCAUGAUCUUUGCAGCUGCUGUCCAUGACUACGAGCACACGGGAACGACAAACAACUUCCACAUUCAGACAAGGUCAGACACAGCUAUCUUGUACAAUGACCGCUCAGUGUUGGAGAGUCACCAUGUCAGCGCAGCCUACCGCCUACUGCAGGAAGAUGAUGAGAUGAACAUCCUCUACAACCUUUCAAAGGAUGACUGGAGAGAGUUGCGGGCAUUGGUGGUGGAGAUGGUGCUGGCCACAGAUAUGUCGUGUCACUUCCAGCAGGUCAAAGCCAUGAAGAACUUCCUGCAGCAGCCUGAAGGCAUUGACAAACCGAAGGCUCUGUCGCUGCUGUUGCACACAGCAGACAUCAGCCACCCAGCCAAACGCUGGGACCUCCACUACCGCUGGACCACCUCCCUGUUAGAAGAGUUCUUCAGACAGGGGGACAAAGAGGUGGAGCUCGGGUUGCCGUUCUCUCCACUGUGCGACCGAAAGUCCACUAUGGUGGCACAAUCCCAGAUUGGCUUCAUCGACUUCAUCGUGGUGCCAACCUUCACUGUGCUGACAGAUAUGAUUGAACGAAUCGUGACACCACUUAUCGACGAGGCCUCUCAUUCGAGUUUUGCCAGUUUUCGGCGCUCAAGCCUCAACAGUAUUACCUCAGAUGAUGACAAGAGGCAAACUGUGAAGAGCACAGGCUCCGAGAGCAGCUCGUCAGGCCCGAACGCCUUGCUGUCGGUGGACAUGAAGAACUUCAAGGCGCUGUGGAGUGAAGAGGUGUAUCAGAACAGAGAAAGAUGGAAAGCACAGGCUAGUAAAGAAGCAGAAGAAAGAGCAAGAAAGGAUGCUGAGGAGCAAGCCCAACAAGAAGAUGCCACGGAUCCCCAGGUGGUCAAACCUGAGACAGAACAUGCAGAAUCAAAAGAAGACACAGCGGAAGGAGAGAAGCCAGAGUCAGGGGCGAUCAACAGACCACCAUCUGGUAACACAGAGGAAACAGAUCAGUCACCACCUGCUGGGAACACGACACACAGGACUCCCCCGCUACACAACGGAGAGUUGUCGGAGGGAAGUAAGUCUCUGAAAAGUGCAGAAAACAAGAAAAAAGGAAUUAAUGCAGAGGUACAGUACAGCAGAGCUUGAGAAGGAACCUGCUUUUUACCCACAUGAGUCACUGCUGGAAGAAGACCAUAACUAGGGCUCUAUCGCCAUCUGCAGGAUAACAACAACAUGACGCCAUCACUGAAGAUCAUCUCUCUCUGAUAGCAGUUUUUUACUUUAAAAUUUGAGUCUCAGGAUCUUGUAUCCACCACGAAUGGCCACGUGCAUUAUUUUUCAAUUCUUGUUACUAAAAGAAUUUUAAAAUGAAGGGUUUGUUUCCACAUUUUUAAAAGGUUUCCUUUCGUUAUCAAAGGCGGCUCUAAAGCAGGGCUUAAUUGAGAUUUAGCCCCCCCAUCACCAACACUAUGUAUUUUAUACAGCUCUAAGAUUUCUCCACCAUAAAACUGAUAUUCGCUGCUCGAAAUCUUUUGUUUUAAGCCUCAGUUUCACACAUUCUGUGGCUCAUUUGACUAGAGCUCACUCAGUUUCCAUGGCACCCAUGAAAUGUUUAUGCAUUGCACCGGGAGCAUCUCACGUAAUGCAAGAUGCUUUCUUUUUUAUUAUUCCAUUUGCUUUGGUAUGCAAGUGUGAUUGAACAUGGAUUUUUCCUUGUGAAGUAACUCCAUCUGGGUACCGAAAGUAAAAAUUAGAAAGCGGUGGAUAGCAGACCAACAUUCAGAAAGCGUAAACAAGAAUAGUCUGACCUAGCAGGGCUACUCCACAGAGGAGCGUUCUUCUACGGUCACCUACAACACAUAAAAUUGCAAAAACGGGAUGAAACGGUUUAUUCUGGCUUACUAAGCCUCCUAACAGGUUGGCUUAUAAAGUGCAGACUUGGCAAAUGGCUGACUUAUAAAGUGCAGACCUGGCAACCCGCCUAAAAAAUGAAAGUAAGGAGCUGCACCCUCAGCCAGACAUGAUCAAAAACCAUAACAAACGCUACUCCAGCUUCAAAUUUUUACCACAAUGGAGCACCAUCGAACAAGUU